CCCUUUUGUAUGUUUUCAUUUAUAUAUAUUUGCCCAUAUAUAUAUACAAACACCUCCCUUCUCUAUCAACCCAUAAUCCAUUAACCUCUCUGUCCUUUAACAUCAAAUUUGAGAGUUCUUUCUCUCUUUCAUGGCCAACCAAGAAGAGGGUAUCAAGCUCUUUGGAACAAGAAUUACUUUACAUGCCAGACAAGUAAAAGAAGAUCAAAACAAAGAAAAUCCAACAACGCCGCCUGAUAAGAGGCCAGACAAGAUCAUACCCUGCCCUAGAUGCAAAAGCAUGGAGACUAAGUUUUGCUACUUCAACAACUAUAAUGUUAACCAACCCAGACACUUCUGCAAAGGUUGCCAGAGGUACUGGACAGCCGGCGGGGCUCUUCGUAAUGUUCCUGUAGGUGCCGGUCGUCGGAAAGCCAAGCCACCAGGCCGUGGUGGUCUUGGUGGGUUUCCAGAAGGGUAUUUGUACGAUGGCUCUAAUGGAGUACUGCAUCAAUUUGACUUCGAUAAUGGUGUGCUUGUGGAGGAGUGGCAGAUGGCCUCUCACGGUGAUUUCCGGCAUGUUUUCCCCGUCAAGCGUAGGAAGAACAACUCAGUUGAACAUGAAGCACAAUGAUCACUCGUACUUGGCUCUUGAUCAGAGAGAUGUAAAUUAACAGCUGACAAUAGGGGUUUGAUGUAAAAAUAUGAGUAGUUUCAGAUCAACAAUCCGAUCAUCAGCAUGCUAUAUAUCCAGUUUAAUCAAAUUUGAAGCUAUGAACCGAAAAUCAACAGAUAUUGCAGAUGAUCAUAUAAUCUUGAUCAAUGUAAGAAAGUUGAUCCAACGGAUACACAUGAUUAGUAUUGACUUGAAUGCAAUGGACGAAGCAAAGAUUUCUUGCAUAGAUCAGAAAUUGUAUCUGUAAAUAUGAUUAAAUCUUAAGAAAAAAAUAAUUUCUUGGUAA